AUGCGAGUCUGUACCGAGGAAGGAGCCGAGAUGGACGGAGCUAGAGUGCGCGAGCUAGACGUAUGGUACGAUAGACACGAGCAGUACGAUGCUGACGAUGACGAUGAUGUAGGACUGGCAAUAUUUCGUGGUCGUCAAGGAGCAACCAGUCGAAAAGUGAAACCAACAAUGCAUGCUCGUUCUCGUCGGCCCUUCCGAAGCGGGAUGAGCUGCAAGUUCUAUUCUCUGACAUUUCUGACUCUCACGAGGGCAAUCCGACUCGACGCUUGGAUGUUCCUCUCUCUGUGCAAAACUAGCUUGGCAGGUGUUGCUCUCGGACUCGCAGCCAGCUGA